UGCCUACAUGUAACCCCAUCUGGUCUCCGAAGACACUGAGAGAAGAACUGCUACAGUAUUUUCAAUCGGAGGCUAAAAUGCAACAUAACACUUUUCAUCCAAACUACGUAUCCCGCGAGGCUUUAAGUAAAGCGCAGGAACAGUCGGCGGAGAGGGAAUUCGAAGAGUUAUGUCAACAGUCCAAUGGCCUGGCCGCCAAUCAGCAGUGGCUUUUUAAUUUGCCUAACAGAGACAGGGACAGCCACACCCUCCGUCCUCAGAAACUGCCACCAGGUCUACCAAUGCCCAACACAGGAAACACUUACCAGUCACAGAGCCAGCAAAGCAAAUAUGACAACACGUCAGCUGAUAAAGACAGGGGAAAUCACCUGCCCAUGAAUAGUUUUCCUGACCUCAGUGAUGUCUUUAGGCCUCAAAGCGAAACCAACAGCCCCUGCUUUCCUCCUUAUUAUGAAGACCACUACAUCCAGAGCAGCGCAAAGCCCAUCAGUAAUGAGCAGUAUGUGCCGCAAGACAUUAACCAACUGGUCAGCAGUUUUCAGUCGUUCAUGCCCGGUGAGCAUGAUGGCUUAUGUCGUGGAGACUUUCCAAACGUGCAAAGGCAGUCAGUGGGCAUGCACCACGAAGACAGCAUGGUUGAACAGUGGAAAAUCACCAGUCCUGCAGCAUCAACACAAAGUGCUCCUGCAAUGCAGUCCCAAAAACAGCUGGUGGGAGAAUUUGGGACAGUUCAAAUGGAACGAAAUGGAGGAGCGAGGAACCAGACAUUUAGGCGUGAUGCCUUUCAAGAACUACCUGGUUUCAGCCCUCAAAACACAGAGUACUUCCAGCAACCAAAGCAGUUCUCUACACCUUACAACCUCCCACAUCAAUACCAAAGCAAGAUGAGCAUGCACAGAGAGAACACUUCCGUCCCCGUCAAUAUGAACCAGUAUUCAAAGCAUCACAUGCAGCAGGGCCAGAUACCCAACAAGUUCAAGCCACAGAUGCAGAGAGAAAAGAAGAGGAUGCACACGUCUGGCUUUCUGGGAGAAGCUUUCUCUACGAGACCCCUAACCGUCUCUAACAUGAGAGGGGUAGAUAAGAAACAGGCCCUCUCACAAAACCCAUACUUUGACCACUUGGGGAGCAUGCAGUCUCAGAGAUUUGAUGGAGAAAACAGCAUGGUCAGUACAGGGAAUACACAGCAGCACAUGCCUCUCAUGUAUCCUGUAAACGACCCCAGAAGAUACAACUCGAACUUCAGCUCCAGACCCACACUACCCUACGAAAGCGCUGCUCCUGGCAUACACGUUGGUGACAUGAUGUCAACCAAUGAGUCUGCCGGUUUCAACACAUAUGUCAGUGACAUGAUGAGCCGCAGAGGAGAGAGCACUUAUCACGGCAUGGCCUCCGCCAUGAUGACGUCCAUGGUGAUGAAUCAAGGAGGACCUGUGAUCCAGCUCUACGUCUACCUGGACGAGUGUUACGAGCAGUGGAGGCUUUUGGAGAAGGAGAGAAAAAGGACAGAGGCCAUCCUUACCAAGAAGUUAGCUGGGAAAAGGACUGCAGCAGUGACCAACACUAACCUCCCCAAAACUCCACCAAACCCCACAAGAGUCGAUCACCUCAUUGUUAAUCAGAUGAGAGAACAAGCAAGGGUGGCGAGCCUUCUGGACAGAAUGGAGUGUCUGCACAACACUCCCCUCCACAUCAACAUCCACACAGCACUCAACAGGAAUCAUAUGGCUAUUUGCAUCACCCAAGCGAGACGCAAGGAGGAGAUAGCCAACAUGUCCAAACACCAGCGGCAGAGAGCUCAUUUCACUGAGGACAGAGACACCCUGUUGCUGGUCAUUGCUCUGAAGGACCUCGCCGCUACCACGAGGAAGCUCCGCACAGCCCUGUGGUGUGCUCUCCAGAUGACACUACCAAAACCUGUCAAGGGGCAGGACCAUCAUGUUAACAAGGAGGCCACGGGCGCAAAGCAGUGCCCCUCUCCAUUCGAGGGAUAUUCUUUUAAGUUAUGAUUCAGCAGGCAACAAGCAUGAGUUAAAGGUCUUGAUUAAAUUAAAAACCACGCCAGAAUGCCCCGAUUAUAAAUUUCCCAUAGGCAACAUGGUGUAAAAAAGAAAAACAAAUGUUACCUGCAAGUGUAUAGUGACAUUUUACCUGCAACACAGUGAUCACUGCAGAAUAUGAGAUGAGCAGUUUGAAGCUUGAUGAUGGCUGCACUUCUUGGCACCCAGAAGCUUCAGGCGGCUGUUUUUUGUUGUGUAGGAGUGGCAUGAAAUGGAAUUUCUUUUCCUGCUUAAUCUUAACUUCAUUUCAUUUAAUUAGUGUCAGUUCCAAAUUAACGUGAAUCUUGCUCCAUCACUGUUGUAUUUAAAGGCACUAUUUAUGAGGAAGAUUUCAGUGAAUUUUUCAUUGUUUUACUUAUUUAUUGGAAUGUAAUAGAACCUCAGUUCUGGGUAUUCCCAAGUAAUAAUAGAAUCAUAAGAGCAGUAGUUAUAAAUGAACAUGCUAAAUAUUUAAAUGUUUUCUAAAAUGUUCCAGCUUGUUUUUCUUAUGCAACCUUAAAAACAUUGUAUCUGUCUGCCCUUUCUAGGUUUGAACUGUGCCAAAGACACUCAAACGUCUGGAAAAAAGUUAAAUAUUUUAAAUUUAAAUGUAUUAAUCACAUUUUCCAUUAGAAACAUAUAAUAUUAACAAAUAUCAUUCAUAUCAGUGAAAUAUAACAUGGCCAAGUUAAAUAAUUCUCUGAAUGCAGUCUAGUCUGAAGAGUUGCUCUAAAUCAGUAGUUUAAAAUGUACAAUGCUAAAUUAUAAAAUGUUUUCUGAAAUGUUGCGAUUAAUUUCUGAAUCUUUUAUCAUUUUUCUGUUAACAGUGUGAUCAGAAAGCUGUUUUAUCUGCAGUUUAGUCAAACUUUUGAACUGUAACAAAAGAUACUGAAACUUAACAUGUUCAGCGUUUUAAAUAUUGAUGUCUUAAUCACACUUUGACAGAUUAUUUUCAGAUAGUGUUACCAAAAAUUCUUCUUAGUGAGAUAGUUCAGCUAGGGACCAAAGCUUGUAUCCAUUUUGUAAUGGAGGGGUGAGUCAAGUAGCUGUUCUCUAGACGCAUCAGUCUGUAGUACUCCUGUGAAUAUGCUUUGUGAAUAUGAGCUUAGUUGUUCAUUUUAAUGUUCAUGUUGGUGGGUUUUUUCCUGUUACUUGUUCUGUAAAAAAAGAUGAAAAAUAAAG